AUGGAUAUGCCAAGUCAUAAUAAUUGUAAUAAUAAUAUCUACCGUAAGAAAAGAAUAAAAUUGGAUAGUGAUUCGUGUGAGACUUUUGAUGAAGUUUCUAAAUUAAGAGAACUUUUCUUUAGAGUCAACACUAUUUACACAUUUUUAAUGUGUCGCAAACAUGUUAUACCUACGUUUGAUACUAUAGUAAGACCUGUACAAAAUGCUUUAAAAAGAGAAGUUUCAAAGUUAGAUCUAGCUAAGAUUGUAGCUAUUCUUCCUAGAGAUUGUGAAUUUAAAUAUAUUGACGAAAACCAAAUUCAAACCGAUACAAAGAUGUUUGAUUUUAAACGUGGUGGUUAUCAACAAAAUGAAAGUGAUAUAUUUCAAUUAAAAGACUGUUCAAAUGGAACAGAUUCAGUUAAAGCUACUCAGUUAUUAAUUUUUGAAUUUAUUGAUGGGAACAUGAAACGUUCCUGGUCAUCUGAUAUAAAUAAUAACUUGAAUAGAGAUAAUAGUAUCAAUUUAGCUUUUAGCAAAGAGAACCAGAUUCAUUUACCCACCUAUACAUUAGACGAAAUGCGAAAGAUGAUUCGAAAGAGGUCGGCAAAAUUCAACGAUUCUUUACAAAAAUUUAUUGAUAAACAGAAGAAAUUACAUUUAAAUCCAGAAUCUGAAUUAAAUAAAUUGGCUGAAAAAUAUUUACCAAAAGAACCAAAGUAUGUUGAUCCAAUUGAAGCUAUGAUUAAUUCAAAGGACUCCAAAGAUAAAAUAAAAGAUGAUAAUAGUGUUUUAGUUGAUGAAAUAUCAGGACUAAGAAGACCUUUAAUAAAAAAUGUAAUAAGUAGUUUAAAGAAUAUGGACACUUAUAACAAUCAAAUAAAGAAACAUUUUGUUAUAUCCUCCAAAAAUGCAGAAUUUGGAGAAUUAUCAUUUCAAUUAGCAUCAGAAAUCUUCCAGGCUUUACCAUAUGACAAAUUCUAUUCUCAUCAAGCUGAUGCAUUAAAUUCAAUUCAUAGGGGAGAAAAUGUUAUAAUCACAACAUCAACUUCAUCGGGGAAAUCAUUAAUCUAUCAAUUAUCUGCCAUAGAUUUUUUACUGAAAGAUCCAGAAUCCACGUUUAUGUAUAUUUUUCCCACAAAGGCAUUGGCACAAGAUCAAAAAAGAUCUUUUGAGGCAAUUAUAUCUAAAAUACCACAAUUGGCUGACACUCAAAUUGACACAUAUGAUGGUGAUACAGAACAAAAUAUGAGAAGAGAGAUUAGACAAAAAGCAAGGGUGAUUUUCACGAAUCCAGAUAUGAUUCAUACUAGUAUUUUACCAAACCAUAUCAAUUGGAAACAUUUCUUAUAUAAUUUGAAGAUUGUGGUAAUAGAUGAACUACAUAUUUAUCGUGGCUUAUUUGGAUCGAACGUAGCAUUGGUUAUGAGACGAUUAUUAAGAAUCUGUGAGCUUUAUUAUCACAAUAAAGAUUUAAGGUUUAUUUCAUGUUCUGCAACAUUAAAAGAUCCCAUCAAACAUAUGCAAGAUAUCUUUGGAAUUGCACAAGUGAAACUGAUCCACGAAGAUGGGUCACCAAGAGGUCCUAAGAAUCUUGUUAUAUGGAACCCACCUAUCUUAACUCAACAUCUCAGGAAGAGAGAAAAUUUCAUCAAAGAAAGUGCAAUAAUUUUAGUUCAAUUGAUAACUCAAAAUGUUAGAACUAUUGCAUUUUGUUCUGUUCGUCGAGUUUGUGAAUUAUUGAUGAAAGAAGUAAGAACCAGGUUAGAAGAGUUAAAUAGAAGUGACUUAAUUACAGAUGUUAUGGCAUAUAGAGGUGGAUAUUCUCCAAGUGAUAGACGUAAAAUCGAAAGAGAAAUGUUUCAUGGAAAUUUAAAAGCAGUUAUUUCUACAAACGCAUUAGAAUUGGGUAUUGAUAUUGGUGGACUGGAUGCUGUAUUAAUGUGUGGAUUCCCAAUAUCACUAGCAAAUUUUUAUCAACAAAGUGGGAGAGCUGGAAGAAGAAAUAACGAUUCUUUGACGUUAGUAGUAGCAAGUGAUUCGCCGGUUGAUCAACAUUAUGUGGCACAUCCUGAAGUUUUAUUAGAUUUUGAUAACAGUGAUUCUUAUCAAGACCUUGUUCUUGAUUUUAGCAAUCCUUUAGUCCUUGAAGGACAUCUUCAAUGUGCAGCUUUCGAAUUGCCUAUUAUUAUAGAAAGGGAUAGAAAGUACUUUGAUGAAGAGUCAUUAACAAAAAUUUGCAAUGAGAAGUUAUUUAAAAAUGAUGAAGGAUAUCAUGCUAGUAAUAGCUUCCUUCCAUGGCCUUCAAAGAAUAUUUCCUUAAGAGGUGGAAAUGAAGAUAUGUUUGCUGUUAUAGAUAUAACUAAUAACAGAAAUAUUGUAAUAGAAGAGGUUGAAACAAAAAGAACAAGUUUCACACUAUAUGAUGGUGGUAUUUUUAUUCAUCAAGGUUAUCCAUAUUUAGUAAAAGAACUUAAUCCUGACGAAAAAUAUGCGAAAGUUCAAAGGGUUAAUGUUGAUUGGAUUACUCAACAGAGAGAUUUUACUGAUGUUGAUCCACAAUUAGUAGAAGUAAUAAGGCCUUUGAGAAAUAGUGAUACUCCGGUUUAUUUUGGUAAAAUAAAAACGACAAUUACUGUAUUUGGGUUUUUUAAAGUAGAUAAAUAUAAAAGGAUUAUUGACGCAAUAGAAACAUAUAAUGAUCCAAUUAUUUUUUAUUCAAAAGGAUUGUGGAUAGAUAUACCUACCAGAGCUUUAGAACUUUGUAAAAAUAAGGAAUUAAAUUUGGCAGGUGCAAUUCAUGCUGUACAACAUGGUAUUAUGGGGAUAUUUCCUCGGUUUAUAGUGGCAGGUGUAGAUGAAAUUGUAACUGAAUGUAAAGCUCCUGAAAAAGAGUUUGCACAAAGACAAACGCGUAGAAUACGGCCAGGUAGAAUCAUAUUUUAUGAUUCAAAAGGUGGAGAGUAUGGAUCAGGACUAUCUAUUAAAGUGUUCGAAAACAUUAAUGAAAUUUUGGAGGCAACUCUAAGGAGGAUAGAGGAAUGUCCAUGUUCAGAUGGCUGUCCUGAUUGUGUUGCAGGUACAUAUUGUACUGAAAAUUGUCUUGUCCUGUCUAAACCAGGUUCUUUGAUUCUCCUCCAUUCAAUUUUAGGUCAUAAAGAGGAAGAUUUUCUUGAUAAAAUUAAAAAUGGUCCGGAACCUAAUAUGCCUGAGAUUAAAGUAGAAACUAUAGAGCCAGUACGUGAUCAUGUCAAAUUCUCGCCAUCAUUUAAAAUUAUUGGUAUUGAAGAAGAUUAG